UAUAUAAAAGAAAGAGCUCAAAUUAGAUCAAGCACCAGAGGAGUCGUGAUUGUACAUUAAAGAGGAACAGACGAGAAAUUUGCUGUUUUUGGUCAUGGAUGUUUUUGUUCAUAACAAAUUAACUGAAUGGGGUCUCAGUGAGUGGAUUGAAAGAUUUAAAGCUGAACGCAUUACCAAGAAAAGUCUUUAUUGUCUCGAUAAUGAAGACAUCGCUAACCUAAUCCCAGCAAUGGGACCAAGGGCGAUAUUUAAGGAGCAACUCAAGUUGUUAAAGAAAGCACAAAACCCAACAACUCAGAGAACUGUUGAUUCUUCUGCUCAAUGUAAACAGGAGCAUAAAGGACCAGGUGAUUCUCCUAAGGUUUGGCCGUCUACCAGUGGCACAAGUGAUAAAGGAAAGAUAAAGUUACAGCCCAGCGGACGGCAAUCACCAACUAUUAAACGACGACGGGACACUACACCGGGAUCAUUUACAGGUGAACGCAUAAAAAAAGAGAGUCUUUAUUGUGUCCGUAAUCAAGGCAUCACUAACCUGAUCCCAAAAAAGGAUCCAACGGCAAUAUUCAAGAAGCAACUGCAGUUGAUUCCGAAAGCACAAAACCCAACAACUCAGAGAACUGUUGAUUCUUCUGCUCAAUGUAAACAGGAGCAUAAAGGACCAGGUGAUUCUCCUAAGGUUUGGCUGUCUACCAGUGGCACAAGUGAUAAAGGAAAGAUAAAGUUACAGCCAAGCGGACGGCAAUCACCAACUAUUAAACGACGACGGGACACUACACCGGGAUCAUUUACAGGUGAACGCAUAAAAAAAGAGAGUCUUUAUUGUGUCCGUAAUCAAGGCAUCACUAACCUGAUCCCAAAAAAGGAUCCAACGGCAAUAUUCAAGAAGCAACUGCAGUUGAUUCCGAAAGCACAAAACCCAACAACUCAGGGAACUGUUGAUUCUUCUGCUCAAUGUAAACAGGAGCAUAAAGGACCAGGUGAUUCUCCUAAGGUUUGGCCAUCUACCAGUGGCACAAGUGAUAAAGGAAAGAGAAAGUUGGAGCCCAGCGGACGGCAAUCACCAACUAGUAAACGACGACGGGACACUACACCGGGAUCAUUUACAGAAGAGAUCAUACUGUCUGAUGUGAAAGAAAUCAUGAAACGUGUCCGUGAGAGAAUACCUAACCAAGGCAACCAAAAGCUCAAUAAAUUCCUGAAGGAUAAAAUUGGUGAGUUGGAGACAGACAAGAGGGAGAUGGUCGGUGUCUUUGGUAAAACUGGGGCUGGAAAAAGCUCUCUGAUAAAUGCUGUCAUUGGAGAGAAGAAUCUCUUGCCCUCUGGAAGGGUCAGUGCAUGUACCUCAGUCAUGAUUAAGGUUGAGGCUAACUUGAAUAGCCCAAUGUACAAGGCAGACAUAGAGUUCAUCACAAAAGAGGAGUGGAAAGAUGAGUUGUGGUCCCUGCAUAGUUUUCUUGAGGAAAAUGCAGCUCAGGAAAAUGAAGAUGACGAUGAUUAUCGUGACUUUGUUGAAAAGCUGUCAGCGCUUUAUGGAGAAGAAUGGAAAAACAAAUCCCCUGAAAACCUCAUGGAUUACAAAUAUUUUAAAGAAAUUCCAGAGUUUUACAUAUCCAGUAAGAAGAGAUUGAAGUGUAAAUCAGCAAAAGAGUUAUCUGAACAAUUUGUCAGAUACAUAAGAAGUGACUCAACGGAUGGAGAAGGUAAAGACGUAAAGAGCUGGUACUGGCCACUAGUGAAGUGUGUGACUAUCAGGGUGCCUAAUAAUGAUCUUCUCAAGCAUGUCACACUUGUGGAUCUUCCUGGAAAUGGGGACCGUAACAAGAGCAGAGAUAAAAUGUGGAAAGAGGUUGUUGGAAAUUGUUCUACUGUGUGGAUUGUGACUGACAUUAAUCGAGCAGCAGCAGAGAAAGAACCCUGGGAGAUCCUGAAAAGUGCCUGUAGCCUGAUGGGAAAUGGUGGCCAAUGUCAGCUGAUUCACUUUAUCUGCACCAAGUCUGAUGUUAUUGAAGAUUCAGAUGAUCUUUCAGCAGCUGAUGUUCGUGCUCUCAUAUUAAAAGAAAACAGUAAAGCCAAGGACAAAGUGAGAGAAGAAUUCAGUAAACUAAACAGGAUUAAGAAACAUUUCAGUGAUGAAAGUUUCAAAGUGUUCACAGUGAGCUCCAAAGAGUUUCUGAAAAAAAAACGUCUAAACGCAGACGACACUGAAAUACCCAAACUUCAGAGUUUUCUGCAAAAUCUCAAUGACUCUCACUCAAAGACAUUAAACUAUGUGUCUGGAGCUUAUGGGAUUCUCUCUCUGAUUCAAGGUGCCAGCUGUAGAGAAGUGGCUAGUGGUAAACCUGAAGUGUGCACAGACCUUGAAGAACACAUGAGGAAAGAGCUUGAUAAAGUCAGAAAACCCAUGGAGGAGGCUUAUGAGGCUUUUGAAAAAUGCCUUAGUCAGGGGGUUGAACAAUCCAAGCUUUCAUGUGAAAGUGUUGUGGAGUCUGUCUUAUAUCCUAGUGGGGUAUCAGGUGGCGGUUUUCACAGGAUAUUGAAGUGUGUAGUUUUGAACAAUGGCACAUACAAACCAAAGAGCGGAACAGUAAAACAAAUAAACCUCAAUGUGGACUUGGCUUCAUACUUGACUGACAGCAUUGAUGAGGAGUUCAGAAAGACCUUCCCAAACGAAAGAAAAAAUGGACCAUUGAACGGGGUCAUCAAUACGUUUUCACUUGAAACAGAGAGGCUGAUUGAAAAGUACAAGGAUGUCGAACUGCAACUGAUAUUUUUCAAGACAGAGGAAGAAAAAAUUAGGACAAUACUCAACCAAAUCAUCCGGGAGCGUAAGAAAAAAAUCUACAGCAGUCUGAUGACAACAAUCGAGAAAGCCAUGCAAGAAUGCUACAAAAAAGCAGCAAUAUUUACAGGACCUGGCUCGCUGAAAAACAUGAGGGACACUAUUGAGAAGCAUGUACAUGAUUCAAAGAACAUCAUGUUUCAGCAGGCUAAAGAUAAAAUGUUGAACCAGCUGCGAUGGUUGAAGGAGGAUAUCCUGGAGAAACUGGAGACAACAAUGCAGAAAUCAAUCAACCAUUCACUCAAAACAGAUGGGGACUCAAUCCUAGAUGUUACAGUGGAGCUUGAAGAGGUGAAGAAACACUACAAUGAACUGAUGGGCCCAGAUGAAGAAACACUAACUUAGUAAAACAUUCAAAUGUCAACAUAACCGCCUGAUAAUAAGAUGUUCUGAAUAAUGCUAACCAUGCUUUUAUUACACUGGCCCAGAAGCUAAUCCACCCAGCCCAGCAACUGCACUGUAUCCAUGAGUGCAGAGGUACAUUUUAGUAAAACUGAUGAUCUAACUGAUGAUUUAAACAGAAGCCAGCAUAGAUAAUACUACUAUUAUACUUUUUAUUAUACUACUACUAUAAUAUUACUGUUUGUCAUCAUUGUUCAAUAUCCCUAUCUUGCUGAUCUCUUUGGUGGAUGUUUCAGACAGAAGUCCUCUUUGAGUGUUGUUUUGAUAUGUACUUUGAGUUUGCUGUGUGAACUGAUGUCUCCCAUAUCUGUCCAUGCAAACAAUUUGAAUCUAUGGUUUUCACUCAUUGUAAAGGAAUCAUUUCAGCCCUAAUCCUCUCUUAAGUGGGCUCAGAGAGAGAAAGAACAAUUAUUAAUUACUGCAGUCAGUAGAUGCGCCAGAACUACAGCGAUCACAAUGUUAACUAGUAAAUCAAAAUCUGGUUUUCAAAAAAGGAAAGAGAGAAAAGAGAGAGAGAGGAAAGACAAAGGAAAGGAUGUCAAUCUAUAACCCAGUUUUUCACCAAGAAAGGAGCCUAUAGUCUGUGAGUGGUAUUAACCAGUUGGCUUAAUGUCCAUAGGGAAAUAGGAUAGCCAGCUACAGACUAGUGUUAGCCUACAUUUAAUCACCAUUUAAUCAGUUCAGGGAAACGUUUAGCAAGAUAUUCAUAUUACAUCAUUGUCCCUGCCCCUUUUAGCAGACUUAACAACAGAUGAGUCAGCAGCACCCCAGUUUCCCCAUCACUGUACCCUCCCUGUCCCAGUGAAGAAGGUGAGCAACAUUGUGUUCAAUGACAGGCCAGUUAGCAUCAUUGCAGGGAGUCUGUGGGGAUUCCUCUGUCUCUCUUGCUCUUUUUACCAUUACAAAAAAAGAAAAUGAAAUAUUUAUUAAUGACAGAAAUUCAAACACAUUAAUAACAAUUAUUUUCUCACAUAAUGAUCAUUAUGAAAUAAAUAACAAACAAUUAACAAGAUGCAGCUACACAGCAUUUUUGGAGAAGUCUGCAUUGCUUUACGUAUAUUUUGUACAUUGCCUGUGACUGUUGCUGGUGGGGAGAGAGCUUUUAGUAAGCUAAAACUGAUAAAAACUAUUUGAGGUCCACUAUGUCUCAGGACAGGCUUUGCAGUCUUGCCAUGUUGUCCAUUGAAAGUCAGUUGGCUAGAAAGCUUGACUUCAAAGACUUAUCAGUGACUUUGCUGGCAAGAAGGCUCGGCGCUGGGCUCUUGAUGAGUCAGGCUGAGCAAGGGCCAGUGAUAGCUGACAAAUGGCAUGGCUAUGGAGAUUGGAUAUUACUACAAGCAUGAUGCCCACAGCCUAAAAAAACUGAGAACAAGAUGUAUGGCUGGACUGCCAAAAACGUGUUGAGCUGUUAUUUGCGAGAAAAAUUUGGGUUUCCAGGAGUCCUUUGUUCUUAUUCAUACCUUUUUAAUUUGAUGUCACUGGUACUGUUAGUUUGUUAUGACCAUAUUCCAAACCUCAAAACCUUUUGAUUUAGUGAUCAGUUUAUCUGUUUUGUAGCACUAUAAUAACCCUUGUGUGGAAAUUUAAUUUUACAUGUCAACUUUAUUUUCUUGUUGGAAUAUAUGUGCAGCUAAGUUCAUAAAUCAGCUGUUUUCAUUGUUUUGAGAGGAUGAUGUUAAUUUAUUUUGAUUGAAAAGUUAAUAUAUAUUUAAGUUUGUUUGUUUUUCUUUUUCUAAAUCUUUCAUUAUAAUUACAAUAAUAAUUAAUAAUUAUAAUUAAUGAUUAAUUAGAGAAUUUUCCAUUUUGAAAUUUUACAAUAAAAAUACAUUGAGACUGUAAAAGAUGACCUUUAGCACAUUUUUUAUGGUUGCUUUUAAUCUUGCAUCAAAUAGUGAACUGCAUACUGUUUGCAGACUUGCAUGCAUAUACAAAUCACCUGCAGUAAAUAUUGUGUUAGUACUAGUAUUGAACCACAAGAAGCAAGACAGUUGCAAGCCUUUAAUAAGAGUUAUGUAAAGCUUUUGAUGGGACACUUACGUCCUAGAGAUGUAGAUUUUUUUGUCUACAAAAUCCUGGUGGCGCCCCUGGUUGUGAGUGCUGGUUCUAAACCUCAAUACCUCAUCAAGCUUUCUCACAGAUGUUCUGAUACAUUGAUGGAGCUGGUUUCUGGUUUCAGGUUGUGUAUGUCUAUGCAUAUCUCAAUAUUUUACAGACCAUUUCUUACCUCCUAUGAACCAUAUAUAACCUGUUUGUCCAUGCCUUUGUCAUAUUGUUAGAGACAGCUGGCUCCACAAUGACUGCAGCAAUCAACCCCAACCAACCUAUUUAUUUAUUGUAUUUCUUCAUAACCCACAUCACAUUAGUGCAGGUGUGGUUGUUUGAAGCCACAAAUGACCAAACAGGUGUUGUUGCCUUGCCCUGUGGCUAAUGUCAGCUUAUCCACCACCUGGCCCACAUGGAAAUAAAACCCUUUUCUCCA